AUGAAUAAAUUAACGAUACUUCUUUAUCUUUUGAGUUGUUCUGCCGGAUCGGUCGCUCAAGACCUUUGGUCUCUACCCCGACCUGAUGAAAAAAAUGGGAUCAUUUCUUAUGGGCUCAUUGAGAAUGAUUUUGAUCUAGUUCAUGGCCUAUUAGAAGUAGAGGGCGCUCUGGUGGGAUCCUUACGGACAGAAAAAGAUUGCAGUCAAUUUGCUAAUGAUCGAGUGACAUUGCUUCUUCGGCUCGAACCAAGGAAUCCCUUAAAUACGAUUCAAAAUGGAUCUUGUUCUAUCGUUGAUCAAAGAUUUCUCUAUGAAAAAUAUGAAUCGGAGUUUGAAGAAGGGGAAGGAGUCCUCGACCCCCAACAGAUAGAGGAGGAUUUAUUCAAUCACAUAGUUUGGGCUCCUAGAAUAUGGCGCCCUUGGGGCUUUCUAUUUGAUUGUAUCGAAAGGCCCAAUGAAUUGGGAUUUCCCUAUUGGGCCGGGUCAUUUCGGGGCAAGCAGAUCAUUUAUGAUGAAGAGGAUGAGCUUCAAGAGAAUGAUUCGGAGUUCUUGCAGGGUGGAACCGUGCAGUACCAGACACGAGAUAGAUCUUCCAAAGAACAAGGCUUUUUUGGAAUAAGUCAAUUCAUUUGGGAACCCUCGGAUCCACUCUUUUUCCUAUUCAAAGAUCAGCCUUUUGUCUCUGUGUUUUCACAUUUUCUUAACAAAAGUUGUUUGUUUCAAUUCUACUUCUCCUCUAUACCUAAUCCACUUGCAUCAUAA